AUGGAUCAACCCAUCGGCGAUGCGAUGCGCUCAACAUAUAGGGGCUCACAUAUAUUUAGUUUUGCUGCCAAACGAACUGGUCUAGGACUGGAUCAAUUCAAUUUCCUUAUCGCUGAAAUAUUGGCAUUCAUUUUUGCUAUAUGUUUUCGACGUUAUUUACCACCUAAGCCCAACAAUUUAAUUAAGAGACAUCUCAUUGCAAGUCUUUUGGGUAUUGCACUAGGUCAAUUUUGUUUUGGCUCUCAAAUUUGGCAUUUAAUUGUACAAUCAUGUGUUUCGUAUUUAAUGCUUUGUAUUAUACCGCCAAAACAUUCCUUCAAAGUUAUUUUUGUCUUUUGCAUGAUAUAUAUGAGUGCCAUUCAUAUUCAUCGGUUAAUAUAUGAUUAUGGAAACUAUACACUUGAUAUAAGUGGACCAUUGAUGAUAAAUACUCAAAAACUAACUGCGCUCGCAUUUGCAUUUUAUGAUGGUUAUCGUUCUCAGCAACGUGCUAAACGUCGCCGACCUGACGACGAUAAGGAUUUCCCACCAUUGAAUGCCGAUCAAGAAAAGCAAAAAAUUACUGAUAUUCCACAUCCAAUUGAAUUUUUAAGUUAUGUUUUUUAUUUUCAUGGUAUCUGUGUUGGCCCAUUGUGUUUCUAUAAAGAUUAUCUUGAUUAUAUCGAAGGAAGAAAUUUACUUGUUAUUCCCACAAGUCGUGCCGAGAACACAGAAACAUCAGAUACAACGGAUGAAUAUCGCCCUGAAAUAGUACAGCCAUCAACAUUUUGGCCAGUAUGUACUAAACUUGCUCAAUGCGCUCUUUGGGGUUAUAUACUUCUGUUUUAUACGCCAUACUUUACAAUUGAAUAUAAUAUAAGUAAAGAAAUGGUUAAUUCUCCACUUUUCAAACGAAUACAAUAUUUACUAUUUUCAACAUUUUGUACUCGAGCCAAAUAUUACUUUGCAUUUAUUCUAGCGGAAGCUAUUAAUAAUGCCGGUGGUCUUGGUUUGAAUGGUGUUGAUGACAAAGGACGGCCAAAAUGGAAUCUUUUAACUAAUAUUAAACCAUUCCAAUUAGAAACAGCGACAAGUUUAAAAGCUAUUCUAGACUUAUGGAAUAUGCAAACGGUUCUUUGGCUUCGACGUAUUUGCUAUGAUCGAAUGACUAAAGGCCGAACAUUAAGUGUCUUUGUGCUUUCUGCUCUUUGGCAUGGUUUCUAUCCUGGCUAUUACGUAUGCUUUGUUUUGGCUGCAUUUGAAACGUAUGCCGGCCGUGGUAUUCGUCGUACGAUCCGUCCCUAUUUUCAAAAGAAUCAAGUAUUGAAGAUUGUCUACGCAUGUAUAACGUGGUUUGGUGCUCAAUUAGCGUUAAACUUUGCUGUUACACCAUUUUCUCUCAUGGAAAUUCAAAAAGUUUGGUACUUCUAUAAAACAUGGUACUUUUUUGUACCGGUUGUAUCAGUAAUACUUGCAUUAACAUUAAAUGGCGCAAGUACAAAAUCAUCCACGAAUAAGCAAGAACCAGAAAAGACGAAAUCAAAUUAA